AAUACUUCAGGAAGAGAAUCAGUGAUCAGAGUCUGUCCAAUACAAUCAUCUCACACCUGAAGUCAUCAAGGAGCCUCUACGUCAUGUGCCACAUCCCAGUGUUCUGCUGGAUCUCAGCCGCUGUUCUGGAGAAGAUGUUGAGUCGAGCAGAGAGUGGAGAGAUUCCCAAGACUCUCACUCAAAUGUACACACACUUCCUGAUCCUUCAGACCAACAUCACACAUGAGAAGCACUAUGAGAAGAAGGUGACAGAUGAAGACAUGAUUGUCAAACUGGGGAAACUGGCUUUUCAGCAACUUGUGAAAGGCAACCUGAUCUUUUAUGAGGAAGACCUGCGAGAGUGUGGCAUUGAUGUGAGAGAAGCAGCAGUGUACUCAGGAGUGUGCACUCAGAUCUUCAGAGAGGAGUUUGGCUUGUUUCAGGGGAAAGUCUUCUGCUUUGUUCAUCUGAGCAUCCAGGAACAUCUAGCAGCUCUAUAUGUGCACCUCUCCUUUACAAAGAACUACAUAAAUGUGUUCGACCAAACUGAACAAAGUGUGUUUUCUAAGAUUUUAAACCAGAAGAAAUAUGUUUCAUUAUCUGAGCUGCAUAAGAGAGCUGUAGAUGUAGCUUUACGAAGUAAAAAUGGACAUUUGGACCUUUUCUUGCGUUUUCUUCUGGGUCUUUCAUUGGAGUCCAAUCAGACUCUCUUACGAGAACUAAUGACACAGACAGGAAGCUGCAACUACAACAAAGAGGAAACAGUUGAGUUCAUCAAACAGAAGAUCAGGGAGAAUCACUCUUCAGAGAGAUCCAUCAAUCUCUUCCACUGUCUGAAUGAACUGGGUGAUGAUUCACUGAUGCAGGAGAUCCAAGAUUAUCUGAGAUCUGGAGAAAUAAGAGAAACCAAACUCUCCUCUUCACAGUGGUCAGCUCUGGUUUAUGUGUUGCUGACAUCAGAGCAGAAGAUGGAUGAGUUUAAUCUAAAACAGUUUGUUGGAGCCCAAAAUACAGCAGAUGAAGUUCUUCAGAAGCUGCUGCCUGUGAUUAAAGAAUCCAGAUCAGUUCAGUUGAGUAAUUGUGGAGUCACAGAUGAAGGUUGUGCUGCUCUGGCUUCAGCUCUGAGAUCAAACCCCUCACACCUGAGAGAACUGUAUCUGUCUGGGAAUAAACUAGGAAAAUCAGGAGUGAAGUUACUCUCUGAUCUGAAAGAUGAUCCACAUUAUAAACUGGAGACAAUAUACUAUUGACUCUCAGUAUUUAGACGUCACUCCAGUUCUCUCAGGAUCAGCUGACGGUGAAUAAGAGCCGCUACAGAGACGUCACAGUCACACAAUCAGCAGAGACUGAAGACACAGAGACACACAGCAUCACACUGUCAUGUGUGUCGUCUUUCACUGUCUUGUUUUAUAGGUAAUGACCAUGUAAUUGAGUGCAGAAUCAAUUUGGAUUCACUAGAUAUUGUCUAGAUCAGGGGUGUCAAACAUACGGCCCACAAAGAUGUCCAAUCUGAGCCCCGGAUGACUUGAACAAUAACAUAAAAUAAUAAAAAACUAAAUAAAGUGAAAAUUAUAUAAAGUGUAUUUGUGUUAUGAACUGCUCCAAGACUUGGGUUGAAGAUCCACACGCAGCUUUAAUAAGAGUAAUCCACAAUCAUAAUCUAAAUACCAGGCAAAGGGUCAAACAAUACAAACGACAGAGUCCCAAACACAGGCAAACAGGGAAAUCCAGGAAACCAGGCACAAGAUCAAAACCAUAACACAUGUAACCAGAGAGAGAGCUCAGAAAUACAGUGUAACACAAACAAGACUUCACAAGAGAGAGUGAAAACACAGGGCUUAUAUUAGCAUUUAAGGAGAAAUGGAAAGAAAGGUAUUUGAUCUGUGAGGUCAACUCAGACCGGUAUGUUUAAUCACCUGUGGUUGUGGCAAAAGUUUCAAUAUAAACGGCUCUAUGAGACGCACUGGUCACUUAGGAUGAGAAAAGUAGUUAGCUA